AUGUGGUGUCAUCAUGUUGCCGACUACAUUGGUUGGGAUCCAAAGUCGGAUGAGAAAAACUUAUAUAACGAAAUAGUCUUACCACUUCACUUUGUGGAUGAUCCUAGUGGCAUGUGUUGCCGCAUAGAUGCUAAAUUUUCUGUCAUUCCGUUGUCGAUAACAUUCAUCAAUAACUCGGUCAUCGUCAUGAUGGGUGGUUUCGAGAAACUAAUAAUACAAAAUUAUAAUACAAUUCUUCCUGUCUUUCACUUUACAAUUGGGAUCUGGUUUUACAGGAGACUGCAUAUCUACCCAAAUGGUGACUCUAGCAAAAACAGGCAUCUCUCCAUUUACUUGGAAUUGAUGGAGACAAGUACUCUCCCUGCAGGAUGGGAAGUCAAUGUGAUUUUCAAUUUUUUAAUAUACAAUAAGCUUCAAGACAAGUAUGAUAGUAUCCAAGGCCAGUAUGAGGGUUUUCAUAAGUUCUUAUCGUUGCAUAAACUCAAGGAUCCAAAACAGGGCUUCUUGGCGGAUGAUACUUGCAUCCUUGAAGCCGAAGUUACUGUGCUUGGAUUGAUUGGAACAGCGUAAUGAAUCUGUUGCUAAAUUUCUGAGAAUGCUUUAGUAAUAACAAUUUGAAUUCAAACUGGUUCUUUUCAAUAUAUGCUUUGAGACAAAUAAUGUUACUCAACAAAUUGUCACAUUAUUGGUACACGACAUUACAUGAAAAAUUACAUGUAAUAUCGUAUUAUUGAAAUCAAUGAGUAAUAAUGUAAUCUGCACCAUCACUUUGCUGAAUUAGCUCGCAUGUGGUGCUCCU